GCUGUUUCCUGAACCUCUCCCAGCCCCAGCGACUGAGGGAUGCUAUUGCUGUGUACCCGCUUACGCCCUCCCCAGAUCGGGACUGCAUUGUGGUUUUCCUGGAUCCACGCCAGGAUGGUCGUUUGCUUCUCACUGAGGGAGGUGUUGCAGUGUUUGGAUACGUUCCGAACGUAGAAGAUCUCACUAUUGUGUUGCAGUUUCCUGUCACCGAAGUUGAGCUUUGCAGCGCUGUCCAAAAUGCACGGCAAUAUGCUGCCAAGUUUGCAUUUCCACAUCUUAAGCUUGUCCAACCACAGCCGUCUGAUGAGACUAUUGUCCUCAUUGCCCUGCCGGGAAGUCAAAGCCUUGCCAGUGUUGCGUGCAUUGACUCCACUCGGCUUGAUGGACGUCUCUAUGCAACCGAGCUUCCUCCCUAUGUUGACAGGCGAACAGUUCUUGAGCACGUCGACUUGCCUCCUGACGCUCAUGUGCUGGUCUAUAUCGGCCACGAUUUCCAGCCCUUACCAGACGGAGUGCAUGCUCAUUUGUUCCCUGCCAUUACGAUCACAAUUAUUGAUGCGGACUCGCUUCCUCCCCCUUUCCACGAAGCGACACAACUGCUCCUACAAGGGCUCACUUGGAGCGCCGUUUCAGUCUUUGCCACAUGGGCAACAGAUGGUGUGUACUGUCUUGUCACUCCAUAUAGCUCCGACCUUUUCCGUGUUGACCAGAGCAGACCAUGGCAAUACAGACAACGUCUUGCUGAAGUUGUCGGGUCGCAGGCCCAAGAUCUACGCAUCUUCUCGGCAGCUCCAGCAGUCACAGAUGCCAGCAUUGGCGGAUACCCCUGUCGCACUGUUCUCAUAGGGGAAGUUGCCGAUGGUAUACCACUUGGAUGGUGUGUCGUCAUCUAUGGUGAAAGCUCAGAGCCUGGUUAUGUGUCAGUCGGCCCAGGUACUGUCGUGCAGCUUGGCCUGGCCCCAAGGGCAGAUGAUCGUCCCUUCCUCUUCGUCUAUGUGAGUUCCGCCGGUCCACCUGAAACGUUUCAUACCGAGGCAUCUGAUGCAGAUAAUCAUCGGACUCGGCCGGAAGAUUCCAGUGAUGGGAGCGCGCAGAACAACCCGCCAGAGGAGACCAACAGCAAUGACCCAGCAGCUCCUGAGGUUCAGAUCCCCGAACCCGUGGCAACCACCGCGACUGACAGAGAUACUUUUGAGGCCGUGUUCCUCGUGCUCGUUCCAGGUUGCAUGCGUGAAACCAUUGUGUUGACGCUCACUGCGCCUGCCUCUAUGCCGCAUGUACUCGUGUCUGUCAACGAGCGACGCACGCAUGCUGCAAGCAGACGUUUCCCUCACCUGAUAGAGACCUUCCCUCAACCCGAUACCUCGUUUGGCACAUUUGUUGCGGUCCCUGAUUGGGACUGCCUAGUUGCCACUGUGUUGAUAGAUGCGAGGGGAGCUGGGGGAACCUUCUUCGCUACCACUCUUCCCGCCAGGGCAGACCGAAGUUUGGUUCUUACACUAUGUGGAUACGAUGCCACUGCAGAUUUCUGCGUGUACAUUCGGGAUACCCCUUGGCAGCUCGUCGACAAUUAUCCUGUCCGUGUCUCCAAUGGGGACCUUAUGCUCAUUACCAGACCUGACCACGCUGUGAUCGUUUCGGCAUUCCUUUCCGAUAUGCUUCUGUCCCCCGUCGGCUGGAUCGCCGCGGAGCUGCUGCCUGUACCCAGGCCCAAUGCUGCAUGGUUUGUGACCACACCUCAGCAACACAGCUUCCAGCUCCCUAGCACUCCACAACGCCAAUAUGAGCGAGAGGUCGCCUUACAUAUGCAGUGUCAUGUCGAUGAGGUUCAUUUGUUUCCCGCCGCACCAGACAUUGUCGAUCACUCUUCGUUUGGGGUUGGCUACGAAUGUAACUUUGCAGUUGCUAGACUAGGACUUGGUCGGCGAACAGACGCAUCCGCGGUUACAUGCAUCCUUGACCUCCGGCCAAUUCUUUGUGGCUUCGAGCAAUUGGUCUUCCCCGAUCACGAGCUUGACGUCGCAAGAGUCAUCGACCGCUAUCUGCCAAGUGCACCAUUUGGUUUUGGUGUUGGUCUUUUUGGGGGGCAAGAGACCAGCCUUAGCCUCCGCAGCAUCGACAACGGCACUGUUCUCACAGUUGAAUUCAUUACUGAUGAGCAACAUCACAGCCUAGCGCACUCUCUCGCUGGCUAUGCUCCUCCGUCUGGUCGCUGGCCGACGCAGAUAGGCCCUCUUUGUAUCUUGCUGGCUGUGGCAGACAUGUCUGUGACGAUAAGUGUGCCCUUGUUCGAAAUGAUGAAGCUUGUCCUAGCAGGCCGCAAGGGGAUACCUCUGUCCCACCUUCAUGUGCCCGGAAAUGGCCCCAAGGCAGCCUUUGCUGCAGCAGACUGCCUGGCAUACCUUCUUGCCGCGACACUCCUUGAUACUCUCGAGGAGCACUUUCAUGGUCAAGAUGCCUCCUUUCCCACCUGUCCUCUAAGUGUGCCCCGUGAUUACACCGAAAAGGACAUGCCAGACCAGGUCACACGUACCCAACCAUACCGGAUUGAUCUUGUUCAGGCCAUUCCUCCUACGGUAUAUCAAAGUUCAGUUGAGACGUUACGAGACCUUGUUCCAGCCUCCUCAGGCCCUUCCGAUGGCCCUGACUGGCUAGACACAGAUUUAAGUCACUUGCUUGCAAGUGCUUCCGUCCCUUCCAAGUGGAAGCAGAAGUUUGCGCACUUUGUCUCGUGGUACGCAGCAGGCUCCCCACAACCAGAUCACAUUGAGGUGUUCACUGAUGGUUCUGCAGACAGUUCGCAGGAGGUUCACUCCACUGGAGCACCAUGCGCUUGGGCGUUCUCCGUCUGGGCUGUUGCUCCCUUUGGCCGUUUCCUUGUAGGAUGGGCUGCGCACACCGCCGUACCACCCGACACCCCUUUUUCGCUUGGAGAAGAGGAUGACACCGCGCUCACAAGUGAGCUACUUGCCCUAGGUUGGGCUACCAUUUGGACGCUUGAAUAUGGUGGCACAUUCCAGGCCCCCAUUUUCUUCUGCUAUGACUCUACAGGCGCCGGCUAUGGAGUCUUUGGCACUCAACAGACUCCGAACUCAGUCAUGCUGGCCAUGUCGAAAACGAGCUCGUUGACCAGCUGUCCAAAUAUGCAAGAAGAGUGCAAGCAGACAUAUAUGAUCGGUGCCUCCCACUAUGGCCCCAGCGUCUUCUACAACACCCACUUAAGGCUGAGGCGCACCGCCUGCAAGCGACAGAACCCGAUUCAGUUCCCGCGCCCUCCUUCGGAGUCAAGCACGUUGAGAGGUCAGCCAGAGGUAGGUCUGAUGAUCCAAGGAAAGCGUGACCUGAUCAAACAGCAGCUGAUCAAGCAAGGCAUAUGGCUAGCUGGCUUCCAAGAAACCAGACUUCCCGAGUCGGGUCAACUGCCGGAUGGUGACUUCUUCAUGCUCAACUCCGCAGCCACAGACUCUGGCAGCUAUGGCUGUGCACUGUGGAUCAAUUUAUCCAGGCUUACUGUCCUUGUCGCGCACGGUCCUAGCGCGAUUCGGCAUGAAGACUCGGCCUGUACCACUUUUUCAAGUGAGGCCACCAGUACGGCACAACAGUGGCUGACAGACAUCGAUAUCAGCAUUGCUAGAGCUAUUUCUGGCAUGGACCAGCUCACCGAAUCAAUUCGCAGGGCAGUUCGUAUCGAUCGAACUGCCUACCUUCAGGGACUUGUAGAUAACCUGUCAUUAAAGGAAGUCCUUCAGCCCCAGCGGCUCUUCGCUGCCGUGCGAAAGGCCUUUCCACAGGCAAGGUCAGCAAGACGUGCUGCACUUCGCCCCCUUCCAGCCAUUAAGGGUGAGGACGGCAGCUUAGUUACCGACCCGGCUGCCCGCAACGAACGCUGGCGGGCAUUCUUUGCUGAGCAAGAGGUUGAACGAGCUCUUCAGUCUUUAGCAUAUGGUAAGGCAUCCGGUCCCGACGGUGUCACGGCCGAAGAACUCCGGAUCGCCCCACAGGCCUCUGCUAUUACGGCAUUUCCGCUCUUCUUGAAGGCCACAUUAGCCGCCAGAGCCCUCGAAUGCAGUGGAUACCGCUCGCGAUUCAAGUUAGGUCUGCAGGCAGGCACAUCGAGCGGCGUUGGAGUUGACAUGGUUGCUCUUGCGGUCAAGGCCUUCAGAGGUAUUCCUGCACGUGCCGUUGCCGAGUUGCUCCAACACCUUACCCAGAUGCGAGAGCUACCCUACUCGCUCGGAUUCUGGAGUUCGGGCCUGGUGAGCUUCUUCACCUUCUGUAUGUCCACUGGCAUUCUCAUCCAAAGGACUCAUGGCUCCAACAAGUUCUUCUUGACCUUCGUGCAGUUGCGAUUUACUGCCCAUCCGCCGCACUCGUUCUCCAGUCGUCUUCCCCUGUUCGAGCCUUUUUUGAUGCACUUCAAUCUGAGCCCGGAUGGUGGAGGAAACAGGUCGGCCGUGCCAUUUCUGGUUUCGCCAAAGACCUUCAACACUGGAGUAGCAUGUACCGGCAAUGCGAUGUGUCGGAUCCUCCUUCAGACCAAGAGCCAGAGACCUCGGAUGUCCUGCCCUUUGCGUGCAGAUGGUGUUCACAAACCUUUGCCCUCCACCAACAUGUCGCCCUACAUGAGGCCAGACGACACGGUGCACUGA